UCGCGAGUGAAGUGCGAUAUCCUUUAGGGAAAAGGGCGACAGGCGUUUUCGGGGGUUUCCCACCCCCGACGAGCAACGGCAAGAAGGGGUGGAGUUAGCCGGGACUAUGAUGCCGGUUUGAUAACGUGGGUCGGUGACACGGUGCACGGUCGCGCGACUCGCUACAUCCGUGUCUGGCCCCAACCCCCGUAGUGUUCACCCCCCUCGGAAGGGGUUGGUUACGGCGAGAGUUUGAGGAGAGGAGAAAGAGGCGGAGGGAAGAGCGAUCGUGGGAGUAAGAGGUAGAGGAGCGGAAGAAAAAGGAAAUUUGAGACAUUAAAGGGACCCUGUUACAAGGCGCAGGGGGUUAGAGGGUGAAAGUAGAAGAGGGCGAGAGACGCGAGGUGGUAGGGAUUCAUGGGAGGUAGAAGGGAACAACGUACUGCAACGUGAACGAGCAAGUCGAAGGGAGGAGGAGGCGGCGAGAGGACAAGCAGGGAAGUUUCCGUCUGUCCGAAGUGGAUGGGGGUGAAAAUGUUCGGAGUAUUGCUGGCAUGUGUCUGGCUGGUUGCCGGCUCCCCGUUACAUCCCUGGCCGCUAAUACCGCACAAAGCGAUUACACAGGGAUCCUACAUCAGGUAUUACACAGCCGCUUGGUACGAUACCGUAGCACUGAGAGAACAUCGUAUCAGAAGUCGUCGUGACACUUCGGCUUCCGGGCAUCCGGGGGACACGACGUUGAAUCUACGCCUUCAUGCUCUCGACAGGGUCUUCAAGAUGAGACUCACGAGAGACACGAGUCUAUUCCAUGAGAAUGUUGCCUUCGAGGGAUCGAAUGGACGGCGAAUUGCGUUCGAUCCCCUGCACGCUUACAGCGGAACACUCGAAGACGAUGAAAAUUCAUCGGUGCAUGGGAUCGUGACGGAGGAGGGUCUCUUCGACGGAACGAUUUUCACCGCGUCCGACGAAAUCUACAUUGAACCAGCCAGCAGAUACUCCCCGCUCGUAUGUCAUCGUCAAGACGGUGAGCGAAAUGACGCCACUGACACCGUUCACCACCACACGAUAGCGUAUCGUUCGGUCGACGUGAGCGUUCCUCGCCCCAAUGGAUAUCCAUGCGCCAGCGAAGUCUUGCGGGAAAACACGUUGAACGAACUGAGGACGAACAGGACGUGGAGUGGAUAUCUCGGGGACACAAUGCGGCCGCUUUAUCAACACCAAAACGAGGGGAACUCCCGCGCCAAGCCGGGUUUCUAUCCGAAGGACGCCAGGAAAAAGGACCCCACCGCGAGCUCCCACAACCUGGAGCUACUCGACAGGCUGUAUAGGGCGAGGUACUCUAGAGUGCUCCGGAAGAGGACGUCAGUGGAUCCAAAGAAAACGACCUGUAUGUUAUACCUGCAGGCUGACCACACGUUUUUCGGUCACUAUAAAUCCGAAGAGGCCUGCAUAGAAGUGAUGACACGCCACGUGCAGCGUGUCAACUCCAUCUACAGGUACACAGAUUUCAAUCAGGACGGCCAGCCAGACAACAUCAGCUUCAUGAUAAAACGCGUAAAGGUCCACGGCGAGGAUGCCCUGAACGACUCGAGCUACAGGUUUACCGGCGCCUAUGGUGUGGAGGAGUUCCUCGAACUCUUCUCUGAGGAAGACUACGACGCGUUCUGCCUAUCGUACAUGUUUACAUACCGCGACUUCGAAAAGGGUACCUUGGGACUGGCGUGGACGGGAGACUUAAAGAACGCUGGAGGAGUUUGCGAAAAAAAUGGGCACUACAGGGGUAGCAUGAAAUCGCUAAACACUGGUAUAAUCACCCUCCUGAACUACGGCAAGCACGUACCACCGACGGUUUCUCAUGUCACCCUGGCACACGAGAUCGGUCACAACUUCGGAUCCCCUCACGAUCCGGACGAGUGUUCACCUGGAGGAGAGGACGGAAAUUUCAUAAUGUUUGCCAGAGCUACCAGCGGGGACAAACGAAACAACAAUCGCUUCAGUCCGUGCAGCCUGGUCUCCAUAAAUCCUGUUCUAAAUGCCAAGGCCCGCUCGACCAAAGGCUGCUUCGCCGAGCCUCAGACUGCCAUCUGCGGGAACGGCGUGGUGGAAGACGGCGAAGAGUGUGAUUGCGGAUGGGAGGAGGACUGCAACGACCCUUGUUGCCACCCUCAACGACUCCAUCAUCCCUCUCAUGAGAUACCUUGUCGUCUUGCCGAUGGUGCAGUGUGCAGUCCCAGUCAGGGUCCCUGCUGCACAUCCGGCUGUACUCUGCGCAAUGGCGAUAAGUGCAGGGACGACAACGGAUGCAGGGACGCGAGCUUUUGCGACGGUCGCGGUCCCCAGUGUCCGCCAUCCAUCAGCAAACCUAACAAGACCAUAUGCAACGAGGAGUUCGUCUGCUACAUGGGGGAAUGCACCGGCAGCAUUUGCCUGGCUUAUGGCUUGGAAUCCUGUCAGUGCAUCGCCGGGCCCGAGGAUCCCCCGACCAAGAGCUGCGAACUGUGUUGUAAAUUGCCAGGAGAGGAUCAACCGUGCCUAUCAUCCUUCGCCUGGAAUUCAGCGCCGUACGAUAUUCCUGAUAUGCUGUCGAAGCCAGGCACGCCCUGCAACGAUUACAAUGGCUAUUGCGACGUAUUCCAGAGAUGUCGAGAGGUGGACCCCAGUGGGCCUUUAGCGACACUGAGAAGAUUGUUAUUGUCAGACGCCAGUUUGGCAACCUUCCGACGAUGGCUGACCGACUACUGGUACGUCGUCGCGCUCAUUGGCUUGGUUCUGCUGUUAAUCCCGGUGCUGUUGAUUCGUCUCCUGCGGAAACGACGCAAUCGUCUCGUGAAAAUUCUGUCCACGCCGAGAUCGACCCUCCAACCCCCCAACGCGAGCGAUCCAAUUCCCCAGCAACGGUCUUCGGCGCGCAAAAUACAAUCCAUGGACAUCUCGCGUCUGAAGAAGAGGAUCGUCGAGACGAUGAAGAGCCUAGCAUCUCCGCGACGAAAGAAGGAGUCCUCCUCGCAGGGUAACACGUUCCUGGUGGGGAUCUCCCGCCUCUUGGGUAGAGACUCGACUCGCCCGGGGUCCGAGGAACGAUCCUCGAACGAGGUCGAGAAACUGUGCGACGCCAGAAACGAGGAAACGCGCGAAGACGCCGAGGGGAAUGUUCCCAGGCAAAAACUCGGCUCUAGGAAAGAGACCAACGGCUGGAGGCGACUGUCUCUACUGUUCCUCGGCAAUCGCGGUGCAAGUUCCUCCCCCACCCGAAGAAAAUCGAACAACGGCGAAUCGAUGCGCGUCGCGGCUUGGAGAAGAAGCGUGCAGGUCGAGAAACUGUGCAACACGUCGAAGACGAUCGUGAACCCCUUAAGCGGCGCCUACGGUUAUCAAACCGAGCCUCUCGUGGUGCCGGACACACCCGACACACCUGGGGAAACGUCUGAAGCGAGAACCCAGACGUCUGAUCGGACCGAGUUGCUGGCAGACAGUUAGUUCUGAAGAGGGACAUUGAACUCUGACCCACUCUGUGGAAACGGUGUUCUUUCGAUGCGUUCGAACGUUGGCCGAGAUACAAGUGUCUUUAUCUUUUAAGUUGCAAGGUGGUGAGUCUAGGGUUUCCGUUUUUGUCGCAGUCUUGUCGCUUCAAAGAGAGAUCCACCGUAUUUCUGCUAUCAUUGAAAAAACAAUCAUGAACCUGUUUACUGGUUUCAUUUUAAUACAGUAACUUCCGUUUUGAAGAUUCGAUUUCCACCCCAGAUUCGAGUGACUUCCCACUAUUCCUGUGUAAGUGUGAGAAAUCUUAUCGCCCUAAACAUGCUCGAUUUUGUCACUUCGAAAAUGGAUCUACUGUACCAGUAAUCACCCGCGAAAAUUCGAUUCUUUUGUUUCCCUGUUUGAUUGCCUAUCGAAGCCCAACGCAACCAUUCAGACAAUCUCUCCGUACUGUACAGAAAACUUCGGGUUCGAUUUUGCGUUAACGGAAGCCUCGGAGUGGUUAACCGAACUGUGCACCGCGCCUAGGUCUAAGAAGACAAUAUUUGAUCUCCACUUGCGAGAUGAAACGAUCGAUCCCGUCGAGAAUGGGACGCGACUAGCGUCGAACUCCGCGUGUAAAUAUUGUACAGUCUCUUAUACCGCUGUCGCCGUAGAUUAGUUUCGAGAAUUAAGGGGUGUGUGUGAGAGGGAAGCUCGCGAAAGUUUGCGAAGCCGAGUGGGUUCUUGUAAUACGUGUAGCCAGACAGCUCUUCGCAUAGAAACGGACCAAAUAUAGGGAGGAAGGGGUAAGAUCGUCCAGCGCUGAACUCGUAGAUAUGUGUAUAUAAAGGAACGAUUGUUACUGUACAAUAAAUCGUAUGUUAUAAUAUAUUAUAGAUUCCCUACCAGCAAGAUAUACUUGUAAUACACGUGUAUAUGGAUUACGGUGAUUUUCCCCCAUCCUUUUGGUUUGGUAUAUAGUUUAUUUCUUUCAUCAAUGUUUCAGCCAUUUUAGGGACUUUUCAAGGCAUAGAAUGUAAUAGUUAG